CAUACCCAUUCCUGAUUCCGUUUUCUGGUUUAGGGUUUACAUCACGAUUUAUCGGUUCCUUUCCCCUUCAAAGCCACUCCUCCUCCUUCAUUUCUACACACUCUAACCUAAUCCAAAUCCUCAGAAAAGGAACAAAAACAAUCGAACGGCAAUGGUGGUCAAAGGCGAAGAAUCUGACAAAAUCUUGGAGCUCUUCUUGAAGAUCGGUUUAGACGAACGAACUGCUCGUAACACCAUCGCUAAUAACAAGGUCACUUCCAAUCUCACUUCCGUCAUUCACGAGGCUGCUUUAGCUGACGGAUGUGACCGUACAAUUGGAAAUCUGUUAUAUACUGUUGCGACGAAGUACCCUGCAAAUGCACUCAAACAUCGCCCAAAGUUACUUGAAUAUGUCGUCUCUUCCAAGAUUAAGACUCCAGCGCAGUUAGAAGCUUCGUUUUCGUUUCUCUCAAAUGUUGCAUCGGAGGACUAUAAGCAGAAGGAAUUUGAAGAAGCAUGUGGAGUUGGCGUUGAAGUUUCUCUGGAGGAACUUACACAGACUGUCAAUGAAAUUUUUGAAGAUAAUAAGGCUGCAAUUUUGGAGAGACGUUACCGAAUGAAUGUUGGUGAGUUGUUGGGGAGCAUCAGGAAGAAGCAUCCUUGGGCCGAUCCAAAGAUAGCUAAGCAACUCGUAGAUGCAAAAAUGUACGAGUUACUUGGCGAGAGGACAGAAACAGAUGAUGAGAAGCCUUCAAAAAAGAAGGAAAAGAAAGAGAAACCUGCGAAAGUUGAAAGUAAAGCUGAUGUUGUUGACACUCCUGCACAGCCAUCUGAAGAGGAACUUAAUCCAUUUUCAAUAUUUCCUGCUGCAGAAGACAAUAUAAAGGUGCACACAGAAGUAUUUUUCAGCAAUGGUUCUGUUCUAAGAUGUUGCAAUACAAGGGAAAGGCUUGACAAUCACUUGAAGGUCACUGGAGGAAGAGUUUUUACCCGCUUCCCUCCUGAACCAAAUGGAUAUCUACACAUUGGACAUGCAAAAGUAAGUUCUAUUGAUAAUUCAUUCAGUAGGAUACAAACACUGCAUAAUGAUUGUUCUUAUGCUAUAACUAUUUCUCAGGCAAUGUUUGUCGACUUUGGCCUUGCAAAAGAGAGGGGUGGAUGUUGCUAUCUCAGAUAUGAUGACACAAACCCAGAAGCUGAAAAGAAAGAAUAUAUUACUCACAUCGAAGAAAUUGUUCAGUGGAUGGGCUGGGAACCGUUUAAGAUAACUUACACUAGUGACUAUUUCCAAGAUUUGUAUGAGUUGGCUGUGGAGCUGAUACGAAGGGGCCAUGCAUAUGUUGAUCACCAGACCCCUGAAGAGAUAAAGGAGUAUAGGGAAAAGAAGAUGAACAGCCCUUGGAGAGAUAGACCAAUUGCCGAGUCAUUAAAACUCUUUGAUGACAUGAAGAGAGGUCUGAUAGAAGAGGGCAAGGCAACACUUAGGAUGAAACAGGAUAUGCAGAGUGAUAACUUUAAUAUGUAUGACCUUAUUGCUUAUCGUAUCAAGUUUACUCCUCAUCCUCAUGCUGGUGACAAAUGGUGCAUUUAUCCGAGCUAUGAUUAUGCUCACUGCAUCGUGGACUCUCUUGAGAAUAUCACACAUUCACUAUGUACACUUGAAUUUGAGACAAGGCGUGCUUCAUACUAUUGGCUGUUACAUGUACUGGACCUUUAUCAGCCAUAUGUGUGGGAAUACUCGCGACUGAAUGUUACAAACACUGUGAUGUCUAAACGGAAGUUAAACUACAUUGUGUCAAACAAAUAUGUUGAUGGUUGGGAUGAUCCCCGUCUCAUGACAUUAGCUGGUUUACGGCGUAGGGGUGUGACUUCAACUGCAAUAAAUUAUUUUGUUCGAGGAAUUGGAAUCACUAGAAGUGAUUGUAGUAUGAUUCGUAUGGAUCGCCUUGAGUAUCACAUAAGAGAAGAAUUAAACAAGACAGCUCCUCGUGUAUUAGCUGUGCUGCAUCCUUUAAAGGUAGUAAUAACCAACCUUGAAUCCAGGUCUGUUUUGGAUCUUGAUGCAAAGAAAUGGCCUGAUGCUCAAGCAGAUGACUCAUCUGCCUUUUACAAGGUGCCCUUUUCGAAUGUUGUAUAUAUUGAGCGCUCAGAUUUCCGGAUGAAAGAUUCUAAAGAUUACUAUGGGUUGGCUCCUGGCAAGUCAGCACUGCUACGAUAUGCAUUCCCCAUUAAGUGUACAGACGUAAUAUUGGCUGAUGAUAAAGAGACCGUGCUGGAGAUUCGAGCUGAAUAUGAUCCUUCUAAGAAAAGCAAGCCAAAGGGGGUUCUCCACUGGGUUGCUGAACCCUCCGCUGGUUCUGAACCAUUGAAGGUUGAAGUUCGAUUGUUUGACAAACUCUUUAAUUCUGAGAAUCCUGCUGAACUUGAUGAUUGGCUUGCUGAUCUCAACCCGAAUUCCAAAGUGGUGGUACCUGCUGCAUAUGCAGUACCAUCACUUCGGAACUCUGCCAUAGGGGCCACAUUUCAGUUCGAAAGGCUAGGGUAUUUUACCGUCGACAAGGACUCAACUGAAGAAAAACUUGUAUUUAACCGUACGGUUACACUCAAAGACCCCUACGGUAAGGCUGGAAAAUAGGUUUUCACACCGAUGAACCUCACACAUUAAGAAUCCAGUUAUGACUUACGAAAGCUAUUGUUAUCAAAAAGACAUUGACGUGGUUUCCUUGACAGACUUAAUACAGUUUGUUUACUCAGUGGCUUGAAUGAAUUCAGCAAAGUUGUGAUAGAUUUACAAUUCUUAUCUAAAUAGAAUUACAAAGUAUGUGAAAUUUAUUUUGUUUGAUU